AUGUGAUGUGCCGCUCUGGCAGCCGGAGGACUGCUUUGAUAUAGGACCACCAGUUCUCCCCGGUGGCUCAGUCGAGAGAGUUCCGGGGACGCGGCAGUAAGGUCUUCCCCUCCAGACAUGCAUCGACAGAACUUCCGACCCCCGACUCCUCCUUACCCCGGCCCGGGUGUAGGAGGUUGGAGCAGCGGGAGCAGCUACCGGGGUACCCCGGGCGGAGGCGGACCGCGGCCUCCGUCCCCUAGGGACGGGUACGGGAGCCCGCACCACACGCCGUCGUACGGGCCCCGGUGUAGGCCCUAUGGGAGCAGCCACUCUCCGCGACACGGCGGCGGCGGCGGCUUCCCCGGGGGCCGGUUCGGGUCUCCGUCCCCUGGCGGCUACCCUGGCUCCUACUCCAGGUCCCCCGCGGGGUCCCAGCAGCAAUUCGGCUACUCCCCAGGGCAGCAGGCCCACCCCCAGGGUUCUCCAAGGACAUCUACACCUUUUGGAUCAGGGCGUGGUAGAGAAAAAAGAAUGUCUAAUGAGUUGGAAAGUUAUUUCAAACCUUCAAUGCUUGAAGACCCUUGGGCUGGCCUAGAACCAGUAUCUGUAGUGGAUAUAAGCCAACAAUACAGCAAUACUCAAACAUUCACAGGCAAAAAAGGAAGAUACUUUUGUUAACAUUUCUGAAAUUCAACUGGAAUCUUCAUGUGGCAGGAACAUCUUGGACAAAACUCACUUGUGUACUUAAAUUGAACCCUGACAUGGUGACUUUGACUGAAUAAUUAGUUAAUUGAGUCUUCUUGGUAUUUUUCAUCAUGUCAAAUAUUGUUGGUAUUAGAAAAGAAAUAUGGUAGGAUAAUUUGCAAUAUUUAGCUCUCUGAAAGUGCCUACCACAUUUUAGAAGAUUUGCAGUUUCCAACUAUUUAACAUUCUUGGUUAUAUAAUGGACAUUUGUCUUUUAAUGUUUUUCCAGUGUUUUAAAAUAAAACAUUUUGUCUUCCUA